GACUCCAGGCAAACACGCUCCGUUGCACUUGCCGCCAAGGCGUUGCAUUCAAAUCAGAGAGACAUCUCAUUCCGAUUUCUGUUUUUCUUCCAAUAAACGGUAUUUUAUGCCUAAUGGGUGAUACGGAAAUUGUUCCUCUUCGAGUACAAAAUGUACUUGAUAGCGAAAUCAUUCGUCUCAACUUGUGGUCCAUGAAGUUUAACGCGACCAGUUUCAAACUCGAAGGUUUUGUGAGAAAUGAAGAAGGCACUAUGAUGCAGAAAGUUUGUUCCGAAUUUAUUUGUAGACGCUUCACUUCUACGUUGCUUUUCGAUGUUUCCGGACGUUUCUUCGACUUGGUCGGACAGAUUGAUCGGGAAUAUCAACAAAAAAUGGGAAUGCCUAGUAGAAUUAUUGAUGAAUUUUCAAAUGGAAUUCCUGAAAAUUGGGCCGACCUUAUCUAUUCCUGCAUGUCAGCCAACCAAAGAAGCGCACUUCGCCCUAUCCAACAGGCUCCAAAAGAACCAAUUAGAACUAGAACAGAACCAAUUGUUACGUUGGCAGAUGAAACCGAGCUAACUGGAGGAUGCCAGAAAAAUUCCGAAAACGAGAAAGAAAGGAACAGACGUGAGCGUGAAGAACAGCAAACAAAGGAACGUGAGAGAAGAUUAGAAGAAGAAAAACAACGACGAGAUGCUGAAGCUGAGGCUGAAAGAAGGCGAAAAGAAGAGGAAGAGCUGGAAGAAGCUAAUUACACCCUUCGUGCUCCGAAAUCUCAGAACGGCGAGCCAAUCACUCCGAUAAGAUUCACACGGGGACACGACAAUGGUGGCGCGAAAAAAGUAUUCAUCUUCGAGCAAACUCCAGUGAGAAAACAAGGUCCUAUUGCUUCUUCAACGCCUCAACAAAAACAACGGUUGGCUGACGGGGCCAAUAAUCAAAUUCCACCAACACAAAAAUCUCAAGAUAGCGUUCAAGCGGUACAACCACCACCACCGCGUCCAGCUGCACGGAAUGCUCAGUUUGCAUCGGAUGCAGACUUGUUUGCGGUUCCAAAGGCUCCUCCAUCCAAGAGUGUACGUAACUUAGCAGCUUCGAAUGUCGACAUAUUCGCAGAUGUUGACUCUGUUCUUGAUACUUUUCAUUUUGAAAGCACCCCAGGACGGGUACGAAAACCAGGAAGGCGGAAUGUAUCAUCACCAUCACCAGAACCACGCCAUCGUUCUUCAUCUAGAGACGGUUAUGAACAAUCUCGAUACUCUCAGAGAUACGAACAUGAUAACAGUAGAUGGAGCAGACAUAACGCCACAUAUCGCAGACACGAAGAUGAAUCAAGAAUGAGUAGAAAAAGAAGCAUCGUGCGUGAUGAUUUCGAGUACAGUCGCCGUCAUGACGAUGGUGCGAGGCGUAGAGAUUAUUAUGAUGCUGAUAUCCAAGGUGACUCGAAACGAUACCGUGGAAGAGACGCGUCUUCUUCUUCUGGAAGAUCUGUUCGUUUCGAAGAAGAACAUCGUAGACAUGGUGAUGAAUACAGAGAUCCUAGAGGACCUCGUGAUUACAAUGACUAUGGCAGACGGCGAAAUCAUGCAAACUCCAGAAGUGGCGAGGACGAAGAAAAAUUGAAUGCGAUUGUACGUCGUGAGAAAGAAUUACGGAAUCGUCUUCAAAAAUCACAAAAGGCGUCAUCUUCAUCAUAUCGUCAUAGAUCUAAUUCGUCCGAUGCUGAAGAGUCUUUAAAUGAAUGGGACAUAGAAAACCAAGAGCUUCUGGAUAAUUCAAUGAUGUUUGGAGACGGAAUACCAAAGAGAAGCAAUGCGAGAAAGGAUAAAUUUGUGAAAAAGCAGGCCACGCGCUCAAAACCGGCUAAUUCAACUAAGUCACCAGCCCAAGCUCGCAAAAAGAAGAGAGCAUCUUUGGAAGAUAACCGUGAUCUCAAUGAUAGUAUAGCAUGUAAUCGUCCUCGUCGUUCUUGUGUAACUCCAGUUGCAAAGAAAAUUACAUGGAGAAAACAAGAUCUGGAUCGUUUGAAACGUGUGAUUGCGUUGAAGAAGCCUUCUGCAAGUGAUGCAGAUUGGACAGAAGUUUUACGCCUCUUGGCAAAGGAAGGUGUCGUUGAACCAGAAGUAGUCAGACAGAUUGCUAUCACAAGACUCAAAUGGGUAGAACCAGAGCAAAAUGAAGAAGUGUUGAAACAAGUCGAAGAAGUUGAACAGAAAAGAAGACGUGGAGCUGUGGCCAGAGUGAAGGAAAAUGUAAAGAUGCAUGAGGAACUGAGAGAAGGUGGAAAUCAUAGAGCUGAAGAUCUGCAAAGUGGAGUUGAGUCAAUGGAAGACUAUCAACCAGAAGAUGUGGCUGCUGAUCAAUCAUUGCUCGCUCUCAGAACACCAAUAGUUACAAAGAAGAGAGGAGGAACAAGAGCUUCAAUUAUGCCAAAACCUGUUGAAGACUCUCCAAUGAGCAGAGGAAACAAUUCCACAUUCAAUUCACCGCGUCUAGAACAAACGAAGGCAAAGGAUAUUGAAACGAACUUCAAAUACGUUCAGCACCUUUCCAUGAUGCAAGCGAGACCUAGUUCCAGACUGAAAAAGUCCUCAUCUAUGAACAACUCUACGUAUCGUGGUAACAAGAAUACAAGUAUUUCGUUAGAAAAGGGAACUCAGAAGGCGUUGAAAAUUAUUAAUCGUGGAACAACAAUACACGAAGACGACGAAAAUGAAGACAAUGAUGACGAUGAUGAUAUGCGUGAAGAAGACACAUCCAUCUACUAAUCUCUGUGCAUGGAAUUAUUCUACUGCACUUAUUCUUUAUAACUGUAAAUGAUGAAUUUUUCCUUUUUAUACUAGUUUGGUAAAAUAUUAACUCGAUACUAAGUUGCAAAUUGUUCAUUCUGAAAAAUAUAAACGAAUAGAAAUAAAUACGUUCGAUUGUUCACUACUGAAAACGCCGUAGGAGAUGAUU